AUGAGUGAAUCAAAUGGAGAGCUUGAGAUGGCUGCUAUGAAGCCUAUCACAUACACGUUAUAUUACGGCACAUUUAUUCAUACUCCGAGACUAGGAGAAUUGAAGAUCUGCCUUAAAACUUUGGUUGGGGUCAAUGAGCAGGGAGCAAUUGACUUUAUACAUGAGAAUUACAUUCACGAUGGGCAAUCGGUUGUCGAAUUUUUCAAACUGGAAUAUGAGAAACAAGGUAACCAAGCUGAUACAAGUAACAUGCAUUAUGUUGACAUUUCUGAGGACGCUACCAAAUUCUUUUGCCCAGGGUUUGUUGAUACACACAUACAUGCAUCUCAGUAUCCUAACGUAGGAAUUGGGUUGGGAUGUCCACUAUUGGACUGGUUGAAGGAUUAUACAUACAGGUUAGAAAAUGGGUUCACUAAUCCAAAGGACGAUGAAUGCAUGAAAUUUGCUAAUGAUGUGUAUAAGAAAAUCAUUAAAAAGACUUUAGAAACGGGUACUACAUGUGCGUCAUAUUUUACCACCAUCGACCCUCAUACUACGAUACUAUUUGCUGACUUGUUAUUGAAACUUGGACAAAGAGGGUUUGUUGGAAAGGUGUGCAUGGACUCAAACGAUGUUUUCGAAAGUUACCAAGAAGAUCACGAAGAAUGUGUAAAUUCUAUGAAAUUAAUCAUCUCAUACUACGAGAAGAACAACCCCAAAGGAGAAGACUUGAUAAAACCUAUUGUUACACCUAGAUUUGCCCCUGUUUGUUCACUGGGAUUAAUGGAGUAUCUUGGUUCCUUAGCUGCUGAGAAGGAAUUGCCUAUUCAAACCCACAUCAGUGAAAAUCACAAUGAAAUUGAAUUAGUCGCAAAGUUAUUCCCAGAGUUUGACAAUUAUGCUUCAGUUUAUGAUAACUUUAAGUUAUUAAAUUCAUCUACAAUAUUAGCUCACGGAAUUCACUUGGAUGAGAAAGAACGGAAAUUAAUCAAAAGCAGAAACUGCUCUAUUUCUCAUUGCCCUACAUCAAAUACGUUUAUUGCCAGUGGGGAAGCGCCAGUUAAGAAGUACUUGUAUGAAGACAAAAUUAACGUUUCUAUAGGGUCAGAUGUUUCCGGUGGAUACAGCCCUUCCAUAUUGGAAGUGAUCAAACAGUCAAUAUUGGUAUCGCACCAUCUCUCAAUCAAGACGAAAGAUCAAUCAAGUUUUGAUCCAAAACUCUCUGUGGCGGAUGUAAUUUAUAUGGCAACUCAAGCUGGUGCAAAAGCUGUGGGAUUAGAUAAUGUAAUUGGAUCUUUUGAAAUAGGUAAAAGAUGGGAUGCUCAAUUGAUUAAUUUGAACUCUGCUAAUUCCAAUAUCGAUAUAUUCCCUUGUAACAUUCCGGAUGUGAACAAUAUAGAUAAAGAUACAGAAACUACUAUUCUUAAUUUGUUAGGAAAAUGGAUCUUUUGUGGUGAUGAUAGAAAUUGCGUCAUGGUUUGGUGCAAUGGAAGACUAGUGAUCAACAAGCAGUAA